AGUUUAUACAACAUCGGACUUUCAACUAAAUGUACAUCUAUUAUAAAUAGUAUUCUGCAUGGACAUUUUAAGGCAUAUCUGUGGUGAAAGCGGUAAAUAAGUUUGAGGUAGAUAAAUUUUAAAUUUUAAAUCGUAUAAAAUUUACGAUAAAAGAGAAAUUAAGUGAGAUGCGAAUUAACACAUGCAUUCAAUAUGCAUUAUCUAGAGGUUUCUCUAGAAUUACCAAAGGACUUUGAUAGUCCAAUAACUGCCACAACAUUGAAGACGCAGUUAAUUAGUGCAGUUAAGCAAUUACUGGGAACGAAAGGUGCAGCUUAUAAAGUUGAUAUUUUGAAAUUUAAUUCGAUUGAACAAAGUUUUAUUUUACGCUGUACCUCUAAACACUAUGUUAGACUGCGAGCAGCUUUAACAGUAGCUCACAGUUUUGAAGGAGUACCUUGCAUCUAUCAUAUUAUUAGAGCAUCGCCAAAUUUGUUAAGUUUUACUGCUAAUAGUAGAACUUAUACCCAUUGAGGCUUUAGAACGCAUUUAUUU